AUGAGGAACCGUACCUCGUGGGCUGGCGCUGCAGAGCAACAAGGAAUAGUACCUCGUGGGCUGGCGCUCCAGAACCACAACGAACCUUACCUGGUUGGCAGGUGCUCUAGAACCACAAGCAACCGUUCCUCGUUGGCUUGUGCUGUAGAAUUACAAGGAACCGUACCUGGUGGGUGGGCGCUGCAGAAGAAUAAGGAACCGUACCUUUUGGGUUGGCGCUCCAGAACCAUCAGGUACCGUACGUCUUCGGCUGGCGCUGUAGAACCACAAGAAACGUACCUCGUUGGCUGGUGCUGCAGAAUAUCAAGGAACUGUACCUCGUGGGCUGUCGCUGUAGAAUCACACGUAGUGGCUAUUUGCAUUUUUCUUUCUUUUUUUCUAUGUAUCUAUAUUAUUGUGUUUGCAUCUAUCUAUCUAUCUAUCUAUCUUAUUCUUUUCAUAUAUCUCUAUCUUAUCUGCUCAUAUCUAUCUAUCUAUCUAUCUAUCUAUCUAUCUAUCUAUCUAUCUAUCUAUCUAUCUUAUUCUGUUCAUAUAUCUCUAUCUUAUUGUGCUCAUAUCUAUCUAUCUAUCUAUCUAUCUAUCUAUCUAUCUAUCUAUCUCCAGAAAAAUUAA